AUGAUUUAAAGGUAAUAUCUAGUAAAAGCUCUAUAAUUGAACUAAAAUAAGAAUAUUGGAGAGCAUAUUAUUAUAGUGAUAAAAUUGAACAUUGCUAUCAUGAUGUAAGUAAUUGUAAGGUAGCCCGGAGAUUAAUCUUGCUCUGAAGGUCACGUUUGUGCCUUAUGCGAAUAAUGUGAUUUAUAUAACAUAAGAGGUGAAGGACCUUAUUCAGUUAGCUCUCCUUAAAAUUGCGGAAAUAGUGAUUUAAUAGUUGAUUAUGCAAUAACAAUUACUUUAAUUAGUAUCUGGACUCUUAUUUCUACUUUAAUGUCUGUAUUUGGUAAUAUAAGAAGAAUUGAAGAAGUUAUUUUAGGGAUUCGACUCAAAGCAAAAGUUUUACCAGCAAUCUUAAUUAAACUCUUUACUAAAAAUUUUUAAAUAAUAUCUACUAUUACAACAUUUUAACUUUAAAUUUCUAAUGGAUUGAAAUUAGUAAUUAAUAGCAUUGAAAAUCCAGUUGAUUCUAUGGCUUAUUCAUUUGAUUGUUUUUUGAAUAAUUUAUCAGAUAUUUUAAUAAUAUAUUUCAGAAUUAUUUGGAGUUUAGUUAAUGCUGCCUCAAUUUUAACUAGUUUUUUUAUUAUUGAAAGUUUAGCUAUAUUGACAAAACUUGUAAAUAUAGAUCUUCAUUUAUUCUAACAGCUCUAUUAUACUUUUUCUUAUACAUACAGCCAAACUUGGUUGGGGGUUGAUUUCUUUACUCUCAUAUAGAAUAAUUUCUAAUUAAUUUUGGAAAUAAGGAAAUGUUGCUUAUAGAUAUGA